AUGCUUUCUAAAGGCUUUUCUAUGCCAGGUAUUAAAGUAGGCCUACUUGUAAGGCUACCUUCUGAGACUUUGAGAGGAGAAAUGACCAAAUUAGAGAGGACAGAAGAUACCAUGUAGUCUAACCAGCAAUUACCAGCUCAGCUGAGACUUAUCCAAGACAUUUUAGAAGACGUCUGAAGAUUUGACCUAUCCGAGUACUAAAGAUGAGCUCCUGUUAGCAAGCCUAUAGACAAUGUAUUACAGAUUGUGCAGGAAUUGGUCCCGGCUUCCUCCAGUAUCACAGUGCAGCUGGAGUGAGUGAGCUACCGCCCCGGAAAUGACGCACUGCCCCGCUGGCGGUGCGGAAGUGGAGAUGGCGGAGCUGUACGUGAAGCCUGGCAAUAAGGAACGCGGCUGGAACGACCCGCCGCAGUUCUCCUACGGGCUGCAGACUCAGACUGGUGGACCCAAACGCACGCCCCUUACUAAGAGGGUUGCGGCUCCGCAGGAUGGAUUCCCUAGAGCCCCAACUUCAGAAACUUCUGGACCACCUCCAGUGGAUCAUCCACCUCCUUCCAGUAAGGCUUCCAGACCUCCACCUAUGGGGACUUGUCCUGCUACUGGUGUGGAACCCCCAAACUCCCCAGCCAUUGAGUCUGAGGCUCUGAUAGAAGAUGUGCUGAGGCCUUUGGAAGAGGCAUUGGAGGACUGCCGCGCCCACACGAAGAAGCAGGUAUGCGAUGAUAUCAGCCGGCGCUUGGCACUGUUUCAAGAACAGUGGGCUGGAGGGAAGUUGUCGGUACCUGUGAAGAAGAGGAUGGCGAUACUAGUGCAAGAACUUUCACACCACCAGUGGGAUGCAGCAGAUGACAUUCACCGCUCACUCAUGGUUGACCAUGUGACUGAGGUCAGUCAGUGGAUGGUGGGAGUUAAAAGAUUAAUUGCAGAAAAGAGGAAUCUGUCUUCAGAGGAAGCCAAAGAAGAGAAUUCUACAGUGGCACCUGAGAACCAGACAAUACCAGGCUUCCAACAGUCUUCAUAAUCUUGGGAGCUCCCCAGACUUACUUCACAUGACUUACUAUGCCUUGGUAUGGAAGGCCCUCUUCUCACUUGGCUCCCUUUUACCACCAGGGAGACUGUUGGUCCUGUUGGGCAUCACCAAAGAUCCUACCUGGGCCACUGCAAGAUCACUUGUUACUCAUAUUAUGUACAUUUCAAUAAACAUCUCCACAGUGGGAAGUGGGUAGGAAAGGUGAGCCAUUCUGAUGCCAAACUGGUUCUUUCUGGUGUCAGCUUUCCUGCUCCAAGAAUACCA